AUGGAGGCAGAUAAUGAAAAUUAUCAGAUUAAUGAUGUUGAAAGAGACGAUGAUGAAUUUGACCAGGGCAGUGAUCAUGUUAACUCUCAUAAAGGCUCUUCAGAUGUUGAACAUAGUGUUAAUGAUUACGAUUAUGAUUUUGAGCAAAGAAAUGCUAGCCAGUAUCUUGCAGCUUUGACAUGCACUAUAAAUGUGCUGCUCGAAAAGGAUGACUGCUUGAAACUUUAUGAGGAAUUGAGAAAUUUUGAUGGGCAUAUUAGCCUCUCAGUUGAUAUAUUGAGUUGUCGAAAGUUGUCUGAGUAUAUGUGCCUAAAAGCCCAUUUUAUUGAUGAAGAUUGGAAUUUGAUGAAUUGGGUUCUCAAUUUUCGUCGUAUAAGUGAAUUGGAGGAUGAUUACAUCGUUGAAGCCACUUUGAAGGCUCUGAAAGACUGGGACAUUGGGAACAAGAUAGCCUAUAUUACAUUUCCAACUGGCUCAGUAGAUGACAAACAGAUUGAUGAGGUCAAAGAUUAUGUUCAAGAGACGAAGAAGCUUCAAUUUAAUGGUCAGCCAUUUCGUCUGUAUUGCUGUGCUGACAUUUUCAAACGUAUGGUGCAGGAUGCAUUUGAAGCUAAGGAAGAGUUCAAAGAAGAGGAUGACUGGGACAAGCCAUCUGCUGAUGAGUGGAAGAAAGUUGAAGGCAUUUGUAAACUCUUAGAGAGCUUAUAUAAUGCAGCAAAAGCUGUCUUUGAAACAAAAGAUUCAACGGCAGGCAUCUAUUUUCAGAAUCUUCAAGAGUUUAUUAGAGAUGUGGCUGCUGAAUUGCAUGAGAGGAUUGAGAAGUAUUGGAAGAAAAUGUUCUUGGUGUUGGCAAUUGCUACAGUGAUGGAUCCUCGGUAUAAGAUAUCGUACUUUGAGUUCUCAUCCUCAAAAUAUGGUGGUAAUGAUAGCAAGACUGAAGUUUCUACCGUGCUUAUGGCUGUUCGCAGUCUCUAUGAUGAUUAUAAUACCCGAUUCCCCAUUAAUGAGAAUCUUGUGAGCAAUUCUACUUCUGAUUCAGAAAGUGAGACUCCCAGGGCAGUUAAGCAAAGGUGCCUUAGUUCUGAUGCUUCUAAUCGGUUCAAAGAUUACAAGCAAUUCAUUGAAUCUACUACUCAACCUCUGAAGUCAGAGUUAGAUUUGUAUUUGGAAGAACAUGUGUUGCCAUGGACCCAGGAUUUUAAUAUAUUGAGUUGGUGGAGAGCUGCAAGCCCAAGGUAUCCUGUCCUUUCCAGGAUUGCUUGUGAUUAUUUGUCAGUUCCUGUGUCUGUUGUUACUUCCGUAGAUGAAUUAUUUACCAUGGAAAGAGGAAUCAGUCGACGACGUUAUGCUUCCUUAAAACCGGACUUGAUAAAUGCCAUAAUGUGUACUCGGAGUUGGUUCCCUGCUGAAGUCAAAUCCGUGACUGAAUCUUCUCUGGGGUUGGGGGAAAUGCUGGAAGACAUGGAAUUGGUAGAUGAUUUAAUUUAG